AUGCAAUACAUCCUACUUUGUGCUGCCAUCCUCCUACCCGAAAGUCUUGCUUUUCCAGCAAAACUUGAAUCAUUGAGUGACGCAGUCUCAGAGCAUGUAAAGGUAUAUCUUGAUAAAUUCUUUCCAGUUUUCUCAAAAACAAAAAGCCUAAGCUUAGAAGAGAGGAUUAAAGAAAUGCAGAAGUUUUUCCACCUGACCAUAACUGGAAAAUUAAAUGCAGAAACAGAAGAAAUAAUGAAACAGCCCAGAUGUGGAGUCCCUGAUAUAGCAGAAUAUCAAACUUUUCCUGGAAACCCAAGAUGGAAAAAGACACAUUUGACUUACAAGAUUGUCAAUUAUACACCUGAUCUACCCCAAAAGAAAGUGGAUGAUGCAAUUAAAAGGGCUUUUAUGGUGUGGAGUGAUGUGACUCCACUGCAGUUUCGAAGAGUCUUCUUUGGACAUGCAGACAUUGAGAUUCUAUUUGCACGUCGUGGGCAUGGUGAUGGUUAUCCUUUUGACGGAAGAGGUAAAACAUUAGCUCAUGCAUUUGCACCUUCAGGAGAGCUUGCUGGAGAUGCUCAUUUUGAUGAAGAUGAAAGGUGGUCAGACACCAAUCAAGAAGUGAAUUUAUUCCUUGUUGCUGCUCAUGAAUUUGGCCAUUCUUUGGGACUCGCUCAUUCAAACGUCCCUGGAGCUCUGAUGUACCCUACAUACUCAUAUGUGAACCCAGCAACCUUCAGACUUCCAGACGAUGACAAGAGGGGAAUUCAGAAGUUAUAUG